GGCGCCGCGGGAGCCGCGGCCGCGGACGACGAGGUGCAGACGCUGUCGGGCAGCGUGAGGCGGGCGCCGUCCGGACCCCCCGGCACCCCCGGCACCCCCGGCACCCCCGGCUGCGCGGCCGCUGCCAAGGGCCCCGGAGCUCAGCAGCCCAAGCCGGCCAGCUUGGGCCGCGGACGGGGGGCCGCUGCCGCCAUCCUCAGCUUGGGCAACGUGCUCAACUACCUGGACAGGUACACCGUAGCAGGCGUCCUUCUGGACAUCCAGCAGCAGUUUGGGGUCAAGGACCGAGGCGCCGGCUUGCUGCAGUCAGUGUUCAUCUGCAGUUUCAUGGUGGCCGCCCCCAUCUUCGGCUAUCUGGGUGACCGCUUCAACAGGAAGGUGAUCCUCAGCUGUGGCGUCUUCUUCUGGUCGGCGGUCACCUUCUCCAGUUCCUUCAUCCCCCGGCAGCACUUCUGGCUGCUGGUCCUGUCGCGGGGGCUGGUGGGCGUCGGCGAGGCCAGCUACUCCACCAUCGCGCCCACCGUCAUCGGCGACCUCUUCGCCAAGAAUACGCGCACGCUCAUGCUGUCCGUCUUCUACUUUGCCAUCCCUCUGGGCAGCGGCCUGGGCUACAUCACGGGCUCCAGCGUGAAGCAGGCGGCUGGAGACUGGCGCUGGGCCUUGCGGGUGUCCCCCAUCGUGGGCAUGAUCACAGGAACACUCAUCCUGAUCCUGGUCCCGGCCACCAAGAGAGGCCACGCUGACCAGCUUGGGGGGCAGCUCAAGGUGCGGACCUCGUGGCUCCGAGACAUGAAGGCCCUGAUCCGCAAGGGCCCUGACGGCUGCCCGGUCUCUCCUGGGCAGGUCUGCAUCUUUGUUGGGGAGACGCUGCUGUUCUCUAACUGGGCCAUCACCGCGGACAUCCUCAUGUAUGUGGUCAUCCCCACGAGACGGGCCACGGCUGUGGCCCUGCAGAGCUUCACGUCGCACCUGCUGGGGGACGCCGGGAGCCCCUACCUCAUCGGCUUUAUCUCCGACCUGAUCCGCCAGAGCACCAAGGACUCCCCGCUCUGGGAGUUCCUGAGCCUGGGCUACGCCCUCAUGCUCUGCCCCUUCGUGGUGGUCCUGGGCGGCAUGUUCUUCCUGGCCACCGCCCUCUUCUUCCUGGGCGACCGCGCCAAGGCCGAGCAGCAGGCUCUCCCACCUUCCCCUGGGGCUGACGAGGUCCCUGCCCGGCACGUCCGGCCAGCCGGCCCCCGAGAUGCGAUGCGCCAGAGCAGUGCCCGGGCCCGGCCGCAGCUGACCCGCCACCUUGACCCCCGCCCGUCUCUCCCCCAGGGUGAACCAGCUGGUGAUGCCACCCGCACCCGUCAAAGUCUGAGGCCGUGCCCCCAGGAUGGCGAAGAGACCGUGCCGUCGCCCUACCUGGGAGGCGUCCCAGGGCAUCCCGGCCCUGCCGGGCUGACACGAAGCUUUCUAUGUGACCCGAGGCUGGGCACCCACCCUCUCUGGUGCGGGCCUGCCGAGUGGCCGUGGCACCAAGAGGCCGCGUCCUCAACUGACGUGGAAGGCUGCGUGUGGGGGAGUCGCACGGACGGACAGACUCCCAGCCGCUGGGGCCCAGGGAGGACGCAGCCCCCGGCGCGUGUGUGGGGAGAGCCUGGGGCGUCAUCACCUUACAUGGUCCUGGGCGGCUGGACUUUCCCACGGGACAGCUUUGGAGACCCUGGACUGCACAGAGAAGGGGCGGCCCAGGCCUCGGGGCAGAGCUUCAGGCUCUGACCUCGGGGGUGCUGCUGGGCACUGGGCACGACCCUCUGGAGGACACUGGUCCCUGCUGCCGGGGCUGGCGCUCGGCCUGGCGGUCUCCUAGGUGAGGGCCACCCAGGCGGGGACCCGACCGCACACCCUGUGCCCACGGUGCCCAGGGCACCUCCACUCCCACCGCCCCCCCCCCGCCACGUGCACUUGCACACCCCUGCCCCCGCUCCACACACGCUCCCCGCACACUGGCUGGAAUCAAGGUGGCGGGCAGGAGACCCCAAGAGCCAGCCUAGGCGACGCUUUGCCCUGUAGUUUCUGCCGGCGUGGCUUCAGUGUGUGCAAGCUAGCAGGCACCUGCUCCUCACCCAGCUCUGGGGUACCUGCGAGGGGGUGGGACCCCCAAAGACCAGCCUGGCCGCCUCCCACCCCAGCCUCAACCGGGGCCCCAGCGAUGUUUUCUUGUUGUACAAGAACCAGGUCCAAGUUCGCCUCCUCUUCCUUCCGGAAGCCAAACUCCUCCUUUAUUUUUUAGAGCUGCUGAUUGUGAAUCUCAGAGUCUUAAGAGAAAAACCAAAUAUAUUCCUCUUGUAAAUGAAGGAAUAAACCUAUUUAAAUCAUG